GUAGCGUUCUACUGGAUCCCCGCGCACCUCAACGUCCCCGGCAAUGAGAUGGCGGACGAUGCAGCCAAGCGGGCCACCGGCUGGCGGAACAACGCCCCCCCAGGGCCCCCGGCAGCCCGAUUAGCCGACAUCCCGAGACAAGGCCUCCGCUCCUCCGCCGGAGCAGUAGUGCAGCGAUACAAGGGCCUCUCCGCCCCGCAGGCAAGCACACUGUUCCAGGCGCGUACGGGCAAGAUCGGGCUUAAUCACUUCCUGACCACCAUCCGGAAGCAGGAGGACCCCCUCUGCCCCUGCGGGCAAGCGGAGGAGACAGUAGCCCACAUUCUCCUGCGCUGCACCCGCUAC